AUAGUACCCCACACACUAAUUAGUCACAAACUUUAAAACUUGUUUUGAACACUUUCCCCUUAUUGAAUCAUGAUGAAAUUUCACAUGGACAAACUAUAAACACUUUCCAACACUCAGAUUUUUUUGAUUUGCUUGAAUUUUAAUUUUCAAAUUUUUACAGUCAUUUAAGAUGAAGCACCAAUUUCGCAUUUUUUUACAUUUUAUGUUAUAUUUAUGUAUAUUUGGCUUAAUUCUUUGAGAUGUACAAAUUGAAACACUUGGAUAAACUUUAACAUCAACAACUUUUUAAGUAGUUUUCUACUUACUGUCAUACAUUACAUUACUGUCAUAUGUAUUUCAAAUUUUUAAUAACUGGUGGAUAGCAUUAUGAAGACAGUGGUUCAUGUCUUUGUGUAGAUUCAUAUACGUUGCCAUGGAGAGGAGAUAAAGGGAAGUCAGACUUUUCGGGGCUCCCGUAUAUAAGCUAAAUAAAUGCCAAAAAGGGACAAUAAACCAGGUAUUAAACUGCCAAAAAAAGACAGCAAUCGGAGAAUCACAAGAUUCUUCCUAAAACAACACGCUUCGGCCGUUUCAGAGACAAAAAACAAAGAAGAAAAUAAUUUAGAAUCGGUUGACAAUGUAAACAAAGAACAAUCAAAUAUGGCGUCGGCAAAUCCAGUCGCUGAAAAAACUAACAUGGCAGAAUCUUCAAGAAAUACGCUUGUCAAAGAACUUUUAGAAGCUCUCAGGCCUGAACUUAAUGAAAUAAAAACACUACAAGCAAAUUUGGAAGGUAGUUUCGGAGAGCUAUCGACGAAAAUGGAAGAAAAGAUCGAAAAAAUCAACAACGAUUUUUCGGAUUUGAAAGAAAAAAUGGAGAAAAGACCGGAAUUGAUAGGCGGAAUGCGCGAACUACAGAUAAAAAACAUUGAAGUGAACAUGUCUCUCAGAAGAAACAAUGUCAUUAUUUAUGAUCUUCCAGAGGAAAGGACGGAAAUUCCCAUCAAAGCGGCAGAAACUGAGUUAACAAAACUCUGUCCCGUCCGGGUGCUGAAUGCGUACAGAAUCGGACGCUUAGAACAACAACAAAUUAAAACUAAAGCUAGACCAUUGAUAGUACAACUUGCAGAUGCACCAACGGCUGAACAAAUCAGAUCAAAGGCGUGGGUUAAAAAACCACCUAUAAAAAGUAAAAUCGGUGAAGACCUGCCGGAAGAAGCACGCAAUAUAAAAAGUCAAGCCUUCAAAACGUAUAUUAAACCUGCAAAAGAGGGCCAGAAAAAGUACAGAUGGGCAGGCUUGCAUCUAUGGAUCGACGGAAAGAAAGUAAACCUGGAUGCCAUCUACACAGAAGCGCUAAGCAAGACCAGAAACAGGGAUGAAAAACAGCCCAGGGCCACACUCAAAGACGAUUAA